GUUUUUUAGUCCAAUUCUCGCUUCAUCUUUCUCGCCGCAGCUGUAUCCAGACUCAGUUUUGGGAAGUGCUGAUUAGGCACUCCACGCUUCUAUACUUCCCUCUGGGAAACGCAAGGCAAUGCCGACUUAUCCAAUUGAUGGAGGUGCAGAAAUUGCAGUGAAUCCAAGUGGAGGCUUUGGAAAAGCGCCGCUGAGUCUCAACUUCCAAUGCCGACACGUUCGGAGAAUGCUUUCAAUCAACAGCGGCGGCUUUGCAGGGCGUUUGCACUGGGCCGUGUUGAAUGCGGAUGGUGCUUGGCAAGCGCCUGCUGUGCAACCAGAUGGCUCUCAGGACUGCGAUGGAACCGCCUCAAGUGCCCAUUUGAACGGCGAUGGCAAUGUCACAAUGACCUUCCGGAGCGGCCAGGUGCCUGAGAAGAUCACCUUUGUGCUGGUCAUUGAGGUGGGUGGCCAGACACACUGGCUGAAAGGCCCCGGUGGUGAAAACUUUGUGGUUGACGUGGCUGCCUUGGCGGCUGAAGUGGGCGGUGGCGGUCUUGGAGGUGAAGCAAGGGUUGCACCUCGCGAGCCCACGUGGCCGGAGCUUGAGAAAGCGAAAGCAGCAGUUGCCUCAGCUGCUAAGUCUGACACCUCCGCACCUGUGGUUCGUCGCAGGCGAGCAAAGGCACCUGCGAUGGUCAACAGUAGUGACCUCUUUGUCAAGGCUGGUGAGAUGCAGGUCGAGCAGGGCCUCGGCUCCAUCAAAUGGACAGCAACGGUUGGAGCAGAUGAGGUCAACGUCUUCCUUGAGGCCUUGCUGGAGCUCUCAGAGGAUGCAGAGGUCUCGUUGCAUUGGGGCGCCGCGCCGAGUGCCGGCAGCGAGUGGCAACCCAUCGAUACGCUGCCUUCAAACUGCAAAGCCUUCGAUGAUGUGGCCGCCCGUGUAGUGGUGCCUGGACAGGCACGCCUUGUGCUGUCCUUCAAGCGUGCCCAAGCACCAAAGGCACCACGAUGGCUCUCGUUCGUGUUGUAUAUCAAGUUCGGCUCCGGGGAGCUGUGGCUGAAGCGCGACGGCGGUGACAACUUCUGGGUGCCAGUUUUGGCUACAGGCGAGGAAGUGCCACAGACUGCAACAUCCGAGCAGAGCCUGUCACAGAGGUUUUGUCAGGCUGAAACCCGCUACCAGCAUUUCACGCAAUUCCAGCGCCUUUGUGCCUGCAGCGAUGUUUUGGCGGCAGAGGUGGACUUUGAGGCAGCUGCAUGGAUUGCUACAGUCCUAUGCUUGGCUGAUGCUAAAGCUCUGGAGUGGUAUCGAAAGUCGGGAUAUCAGCCCAAGGACAUGGCGCAUGCGCAGGAGCGCAUUGGUGGUGUCAUGAGUGCAGCUGUGUCCAAUGCUCAGGAUCCACGCAUCAGGACUUUGUUAAGACUUGCGGUCAAAGCAGUACCUCGAGGCAGCUCUGGUGGAGGAGACGCUAUUCGACAUGGUAUCUUGAACAUCAUGCGAACCCAUGGCAUCAAAGAGGGUCACCGUCCAGGCAUUGAAUGCAAAUUUAUCGAGCAGUGGCAUCAAAAGCUGCACACAAAUAGUGCUCCCGAUGACAUUGCGAUUUGUGAAGGCUAUUUGGCAUAUUUAUCCUCCGGUAACGUCGACGAGAUGUACCGCGUGAUGUGGGAAUGUGGCAAGCUCACGCGGGAAGAUUUGGGGAAAAUGUGUCAGAUGGGCUUCAAGGAUCAUACGAAGAGUGGCGGCCGCGGGCUGAACUUCACCCCUGUACAUUUGCCCCACAUGUACAACGAUGUCAAGAGCUUUUUAGGAUUGCUGAAACAUGUUCACGGCGGAAGCGACCUUUUCUCCUUGUGUGAAGCUUGCAAAGGCCAGUAUCCAGAUCACGAAUCCGAAUGCUUGGCCUUUGAUAUCUUCCACAGCCGUGAUGACCCUUUCAGCAUGGGGAAGAUCUUAGAUUUGAGGAGGCGCUUGGAGCCUUUGUGUUGGAAACGUGAUAUUCUCAUGUUGGACGUGGCAAUGGAAGAGCAGCUUCGGAGCUUGGCAGAGCGCAGCAACGUUGCCGAGAUUCCACGUGAUGGCCUGCUGACUUUCAUCUUCCAAAUUCUGGAGGAUUUGAUGAUGUCGCGACAUGACCCCUCUCUCCAGCAGGGCUAUGCUCUCCUGCAGAAGCUCAUGCAGCAAAGCAACAAAUGGACACCUGAGUGGUGCAAGAUGCUCCAUGCAGCCUUCGAUCGUAUAGCUCUCACGUGCACAGCAACAGCUGAUGUCAUUUCCACAGCGUUGCAAAACUGCGCGGAUGAGUUGCUGGAGGCUGGCUCAAAGCCUGGCGCUGUUUUUUGCCCAGACAGCAAGCAUUUGGGCACCUUCGGAGAGGAGAAGGCACGCUGCUUGACAGAGCGGGUGUUGGCGCAGACUCUGAAGGUCUUCAUGCCACAAGUGCGUAGGUGGUCGGGGCUUGGUCCCUGGGAGGUGGUCGCUGCCGGCGGUCUGGGCGGCGCUGUUGGCAUCCUGCAGAGCUGCCAUGAAUUGCCCACCGAGGCGCCCAGUGAGGCACAGCUGCUCGUGCUUGAGACCAUGACCGGCUGGGAGGACAUCCCGGCCAACAUCAACGCAAUUCUGCUGCCCGCAGGUCAAGCAGUUGACACCCUGUCCCAUGUGGCAAUUCGGGCCCGAAACCAGGAGGUUCUCCUGGCAAGUUGCGAUGAAGAGCAACAACUCCAAGAGCUGCGCAAGCUUCAGGGACAAAACCUUCGGCUGCAGGUCUCUGCCACUGGCGAAGUGACAUGGACGGCUACGAGCGAGAAGUCUAAGCUGAAGGAUAGCAGCGCGGCAGCCUUUCUCGCAGAAACCAUGCAGCCUCCGCCGCCGCCGCCAAGUGCUGUUUUGAAGGCCAGCGACUUCACCAAGAACCCGAAGUCCAUCGGAGGGAAAAGCCUACACCUUGCAGAGUUGAUGGCUGACGGCACGUACCGCGUCCCUACGAGUGCAACUAUUCCUUAUGGAAUCUUUGAGCAGGCUCUCAAGGACAAGGCCAACGAGGGCUUAGAGGAAGAGCUCCAGGAAGUUCUGGCUGAAGGGGACAUGGCAGAAGCACGGAAGUUCUUGGAGGAAGAAUUAGCAGUGCCAAGCUCUGUCCGCCCGGCGCUGGACGCCGCGCUUGGGGAAGCAUCCAAAGCGUUAGAUGCUGGCGACUGGCAACGGGCACUGAAGCGGGUUUGGGCGUCAAAGUGGACAGAUCGAGCCGUGGCCAGCAGAGAGCAGAUGAAAGUUCCGGACAAGGCUUUGUAUUUGGCUGUGCUCGUCCAGCCGGUGGUCCACGCUCGGUAUGCCUUUGUCAUCCACACCCGGUCACCUUUGCCGGGUGCCUCUCCGAGCUCUGCUCUGGUCGAGCUCUGUGUAGGGCUGGGCGAGUCGCUUGUGUCAAACGCACCUGGUCGUGCUCUUUCAGCAAGCGUGGAAGGUCAGGCAAUCAAUGUCCAUGUGUACCCCUCCAAGCCUGAGGGUGUCUUUGUGCCGCCAGGUGGCACAGCCAUUUUCCGUUCUGACUCCAACGGCGAGGACCUUGAAGGUUUUGCCGGCGCUGGGCUCUACGACUCUGUCACGGUGAAGGAUUGUGAGCAUCGUUCUGUGGACUAUGCAGAGGAGCCGCUCUUCUUUGACGAGCAAUUUCGAUCGCAGCUCUUACUACAGCUCUUUCAGAUUGGAAGGCAAAUUGAGAAGAACUUUGGAGGGCAGGCGCAGGACAUUGAAGGUGCCGUGGCUGAGGAUGGGACGAUCGUUAUCACUCAGUCUCGGCCGCAGGUCUAAUAUUUUAACUCGGCAUUAGGCCCAUCGACAAAUACAGAUCAAAUCGAUAUGAACCACAUCAUCUAGAUAUUCCAUGAAGGUCAUUCCCAAC